GGCGUUAUUUCCGGUUCGAAGUAAACAAACAUUCAUGAAGAGCUUGCAAAAACUAAUAAUGAUAUGGGAACACAACCUGACGGAGAUCAAAAAGGGUAUUAUUAGCCUACCUCUACCCUCCGUCAUUGAUGGUUGGGAAUAUGACGUGACGAAGUCGUCUUUGUAUCACGUACUUACUUUGUCGAAUAAGUAGCUUACGAUGGUAAGGCGAUGAGCAACUUAAAAAGUCCGGAGGCGUACCGAUACCUACACGGUAACAAAGUCGGACGGAUGUUAUUGAAGGAUGUUGGAAACGACCUUGUCUACUUAAAAGCAGACGUAGUGCCGAGUCAGAGCCUAUACUCAUCUCAUCACGGCGUGGGUACUAGCAUCAGCGACAAGUGUCAUACAGACAACACGGCGGCGGUCAGACCAAAGAUAAUUAUGGGUCCCCUUCUCAUUUGACAUGACCCAAAGAUGAGUUGGACACGUGGAAGAGUACCCCCUGUCGGCACAAAUAACAUAAUGUAGGAAAUGACCAUUUCAAAAUAAUGUUUAGGAAGGCGUUGCCGAGGCGAACGAGUGGAAAGGGAAAAUGGCGGACCACGAAGACGUUAAACUGGACGGGAGGCCGCUACAAUCACUUCGCGUGGCGGAUUUGAAAGCUGCUUUAGAGGAGCGCGGACUUCCCAAAAGCGGACAGAAAAAUACUCUCGUUAAGAGACUCAAAGGGGCUCUCAUGCUGGAGAACCUCCAGAGAACCUCACACCAUCACAUAAGACUGCAGCCAAACUCCCAGAUUGGUGAAGAGAUGAGCCAGAACAGCUUCAUAAAGCAGUAUUUGGCAAAACAGCAGGAGCUCUUGAGGCAGCGUCUGGAGAGAGAGGCCCGGGAAGCAGUUGAAGAUGAUGAUACAGACAAAGAGGACCACACACAGGACAAUAACAGCGCUGCCUGUGCUGCCCCAGACCAGGAUGUCGCACCCGUGUUGGUUGACCAGCACAAACUUUUUGGCCUCUCCGAGGGAAAGGGACGAGCAGGCCCAGCAAGAGCGGGAGAGGGGCACAUGUCCAGAGAUGGCCAUGUGUCUCUUCCACCUGCCCCUACCUCUGCUGCUGUUUCCUCUCUGGCUGUGCGUGUAGCUGUUGACGAGCAGAGACCAGAGAGAGUCCCAACCUCUAGUCAAGUCCCAGCAGAUAGUGAUGAUGAUGGCGCUGAUGAGGACUGGGAUAGCGGUGCCAGGAGUAGGAAUCUAGGAGAGCCACCAAGAGGCCAACUAGCAAGAGAAAGGUCUGGAGGAUCCCGCCAACACCCACAGCACAUUCCCCUAUUGUCUCCGCAGCUUCGACAGCCUACCCCUCCUCCCUCCCCUCCCCCAGAGUUAUCAUUCCCACUGCCUGAUACCCCUAAACAAAGCCCCCCUAGUCCAGGUGAGCCCCCAGCUAGGCAGCGUACUUCCAGUACCUCCAGCUCUGGCUCGUCUAGCAGUGGCAGUUGUCGUAGCAGCCCAGAUCCACAAAGCAAUACAGAGCGCAAGCCUGGCCCACUGACCCUGCUGGCACGCAAAAUGGCAUCAGAGGGGGCUUUCUCUGGAGUUGGGUGGCAUGGGCGUGGAGAUGCAGAGAGGCAGGACAACAAUGCUGCAACUGCAACAAUGUCUUCUGGUAGAGGUCCUCAAGAGGGCACAGUGUUUGCCAUCACCCACACAACCAAUGCUGCAGCCAGUUUGCCCUUCCCCAGACUGGUUCCAGUAGCAAACCAGGGAGCUCUUGAAGGCCAUCUCCCCCACAGUGAAGUUCCUGUGAGUGUGCUUAGGCCCACUAUUAUGGAAGAGAGAGCUGCUGCAUGGCCACAAGAAAACAACAAGGAAAAGGAGCUGCAGGCAGAGAGUGAAAGAGAAAAAUCCCCUGAGCAAGAGCGACUUGGUGCCGUGGAGCAGGAAAGACUGGAGAGGCAGAGAAUAUUUGAACAAGAGCAUGCUGUGGAGCAAGAGGGGGAAAGAGCUUUGGAGCGAGAGAGGAAGGAGAGAGAGAAAGCUUUGGCACGAGAGCGGAAGGAGAGGGAGAAGGCUUUGUCGCGAGAGAAAGCUUUGGAGCAAGAAAGGAAGGAGCGGGCUUUGGCGCAAGAGAGGGCGCAAGGUCUUGAACGAGAAGAGGAGGAAAGAGCGAAAGCUUUGGCAAAAGAGAGGGAAGAGCGAGAGAAAGCAAUGCAAUUAGAAACGCAGAGAGCCAUGGAGGAAGCUUUGGAGAGCGAGAGGGAGGAGAAGGCUUUGGAGAGCGAGAGGGAGGAGAAGGCUUUGGAGAGCGAGAGGGAGGAGAAGGCUUUGGAGAGCGAGAGGGAGGAGAAGGCUUUGGAGAGCGAGAGGGAGGAGAAGGCUUUGGAGAGCGAGAGGGAGGAGAAGGCUUUGGAGAGCGAGAGGGAGGAGAAGGCUUUGGAGAGCGAGAGGGAGGAGAAGGCUUUGGAGAGCGAGAGGGAGGAGAAGGCUUUGGAGAGCGAGAGGGAGGCGAAGGCUUUGGAGAGCGAGAGGGAGGCGAAGGCUUUGGAGAGCGAGAGGGAGGCGAAGGCUUUGGAGAGCGAGAGGGAGGCGAAGGCUUUGGAGAGCGAGAGGGAGGCGAAGGCUUUGGAGAGCGAGAGGGAGGCGAAGGCUUUGGAGAGCGAGAGGGAGGCGAAGGCUUUGGAGAGCGAGAGGAGGCAGGCUUUGGAGAGCGAGAGGGAGGCGAAGGCUUUGGAGAGGGAGAGGGAGGCGAAGGCUUUGGAGAGGGAGAGGGAGGAGAAGGCUUUGGAGAGCGAGAGGGAGGAGGAGGAGAAGGCUUUGGAGAGAGAGAGGGAGGAGAGGGUAAAGGUUUUGAAGCAAGAGCGGCAGAAAGCUUUGGAACGGGAGAUGAAGGAGAAAGAGGAGAAGGUGAGGGCUUUGGAUCAAGAAAUAAUUGAAAGGGAGAAAGCCCUUGAGAAAGAAAGAACCAUGGAGAAAGAAAGAGAGGAGAGGGAAAGAGCCUUAGAACAGGAGAAAGUCCAGCAGAGAGAAAAAGAGGAGGCUUUGGAACAGGAGAAGGCCUUGCAGAGAGAGAAAGAGGAGAGGGAGAGAGCUUUGGAACAGGAGAAGGCUUUGCACAGAGAGAAAGAGGAGAAGGAGAGCGCUUUGGAACAGGAGAAGGCCUUGCAGAGAGAGGAGAGGGAGAGAGCUUUGGAACAGGAGAAGGCCUUGCAGAGAGAGAAAGAGGAGAGGGAGAGAGCUUUGGAACAGGAGAAGGCUUUGCACAGAGAGAAAGAGGAGAAGGAGAGCGCUUUGGAACAGGAGAAGGCCUUGCAGAGAGAGGAGAGGGAGAGAGCUUUGGAACAGGAGAAGGCCUUGCACAGAGAGAAAGAGGAGAGGGAGAGCGCUUUGGAACAGGAGAAGGCCUUGCAGAGAGAGGAGAGGGAGAGAGCUUUGGAACAGGAGAAGGCCUUGCACAGAGAGAAAGAGGAGAAGGAGAGAGCUUUGGAACAGGAGAAGGCCUUGCAGAGAGAGAGGGAGAGAGCUUUGGAACAGGAGAAGGCCUUGCACAGAGAGAAAGAGGAGAAGGAGAGAGCUUUGGAACAGGAGAAGGCCUUGCACAGAGAGAAAGAGGAGAAGGAGAGAGCUUUGGAACAGGAGAAGGCCUUGCAGAGAGAGAGGGAGAGAGCUUUGGAACAGGAGAAGGCCUUGCACAGAGAGAAAGAGGAGAAGGAGAGAGCUUUGGAACAGGAGAAGGCCUUGCACAGAGAGAAAGAGGAGAAGGAGAGAGCUUUGGAACAGGAGAAGGCCUUGCACAGAGAGAAAGUGGAGAGGGAGAGAGCUUUGGAACAGGACAAGUCCUCGCAGAGAGAGAAAGAGGAGAGGGAGAGUCGUCUUCCUCCAUGGAAGCGUAGUCGUGAGUUUGGUCUUACCCCCCUGCCUACUCCUCCCCUCUCCACAGGAGCAGGUAAGAUGGCGGCAACAGAGGAGGGUGGGGAGCCCAAAGUGCCAUCCCUACCCCAAAAAGCAUUAAGAGACAACAGGCCACCUGAAUCUGGUACGCCCCUGUCACAAUCUCUAGCAACGUCUCUGUCACCCCAGUCCUCCUUCAAGAAGUUCCGUUUCUUGAGAGACCCCAUAGUUCUAUCCCAGUCUUCUGCAUCCGGGGUCAUCAAGAGGCCCCGUACAUUCUCUGAAAGCCCCCAUCCUCAGUCCUUAGCUCUCCAGUCCCCCAGCAAACCUGGGGAACCAGAGCAGGAAGGUACUCAGCAGGGGGCCCAGCCUUCUGCCUGGCAAGCAGCACCAAAGAAGCCUGCAAGUCAGGGGGUCCCUGUUUCUGGAACAGACACGUUGGGGACGACAGGGCCAGAGAGGGAGACCCCAGUGAUUGCCACACUGGGCAAGAGUCCUGAAGAAGAAAAGGGUAAGAGCCUGGUCUCAGAGGAGCAUGUCCAAGCACAUAGAGGGGAGAUGGCCAGAGAAGCAAACGCCCUCUCAGGUCCAGCGGGAGCUGUGCUACCUCCCUCACCCCAACCAGUGGAAGGCAAGGUAGAAAAAGGAAGGGAGAGAAGUCAAAAGAAAGAAGAAAAGCUGGGAAGACUGUCUUCCUCGUCAAAUGACUCCUUAGAUUCUGACUCUGGGUCGUCGUCCUCAGGUUCGUCUGGUUCAUCAUCAUCCCAGGGCAAAACACACACCACUCCCAGUGGUAGAAGGCCUGAGAAACCUCAGACAAACACCAUAUCCCAGGAUACGGAAACGGUGAGUCAACCUGAGGAUCCAACUGAGGCCCCAAAAGCCCCACAGCAUAAAAAGCGAGUAUCUGGGGAGGAGGAAGAGGACAUAAACAUUGAUGGAGCCAGACACAGGAAGAAACCAUUCCUUGGAAUACAUGCAGGAGAAGACAAUGGGCAGAAGGACAGCGAGGGAGAGGCGGUAAAGACAGAUACUACAAGUGCUCGACCAGUCGGCGAAAACCAGCAUCACCCACGACAGAGGACGGUUGAAUGUCAAGGGGAGGUGAAUGAGGCUGCCAUGGCUGAGCCUAAGAAGGCUCCUGAGAGCAGUGAGGAGUGUGUGACACCAAAAGCAUUCACAGCCCGUAGGAUCUCCCUUAGCAGCAGCAAGGCCUCUCCAGGUGCUGUCACUGCAGAGGGCGAAACAGAGUCUGUGGCUGGGAGGAAGAGGCGAUGGGGAUCCAGCACUGCAGUCACAACCAAGAAAUCAUCCAUGAGCAUCACCACAGACUCUCUGAAGUCUCUGAUCCCAGACAUCAGACUGUGUCCAGGCCAGGAGAUGGUGGUGGAUCUGCACCCAGGGGAGGAUCACCUCUCUGGGGUGGAGGAGGAGGGAAGGGAGCGGGGUGAGCAGGACCUCAAGAUCAGACGCACAGUCACACAGGUGGUCCCGUCAGUGACCCAGGAGAAUGGACAGAAGGAGUCCAAGAGGAGUGAACACGAGGAGGAAGACCGAGAAGAUGGAAGGGAGGUUAAAGGAGACAGAGAGGAGAAGAUGGAUGGCUCAUUCCAGAGAGACUCCAUGGAGACACAAUGCCCCUCUCCCCCCAGCCAUGACAUGGAGAUGAAAACAGUGACCCCCAGUGACAAAUUGAUCCGUCGCUCCAUCAGCCAGCAGAAGUCUGGCGUGUCCAUCACCAUAGACGACCCUGUCCGCACGGCCAAGCAGCCCUCUCCUCCACGAGGCAAAGUGUCCAACAUCGUCCACGUGUCCAACCUGGUUCGUCCGUUCACCCUGAGCCAGCUGAAGGAGCUGCUCGGUAGGACCGGCACCGUGCACGAGGACGGUUUCUGGAUCGACAAGAUCAAAUCUCACUGCUACGUCACAUACUCCAGUGCAGAGGAGUCAAUUGCCACUCGUGCAGCCCUGCAUGGGGUGAAAUGGCCUCAAAGCAACCCCAAGUUCCUCAGUCUGGACUUCAUUCAGCAGGAGGAGCUGGAUUUCCACAGAGGCCUGCCUCCCCCUGAGAGAGCUGGGGAGGGUGAGCGGGGGGCUGCGGCGGUGCCUGGUCGGGGGGCGGUCCUGCCUCCUCUCCUGCCCGAACGGGAACAGUGGGCGGAGCGAGAGCGUGAGAUGGAGCACAGGGAGAGGACCCGGGCUGAGAGGGAGUGGGACAGGGACAAGGUCCGGGACUUUGGUCCAGAAAAACCUGGAGAGGAAGCGGUCCCCAGACGAUCCCGCUCCAGAGAGCGGAAACGCAAGGAGAGGAAGAUGGACAAGAAAGAGAAAGCUGCAGAUGAACCUCCUGUCAAACUGCUGGAUGAACUGUUCAAGAAAACCAAAGCAGCCCCUUGUAUAUACUGGCUCCCCCUCACAGAAGAGCAGUUUUCACAGAAGGAGACAGCUCGACAAGAGCGGAUGAAGGAGCGAGAGAAGAGGAGGAAGGAGCAGCAAGAGGAGUUGGAGAAGAAAAGGGAGGAAGAUCGCAAAGAAAAGAUGAAAGCCGCGAGUGCUGCAUCUGGAGAAAGAGGCGAGGGGGAGCGGUACAGAGAGCGAGAGAGAGACUGGGGCAGAGAUGGAGAGAGUGACAAACACAGAGAAGACUGCUACCGCCGACCUGGGGGCAGCAGUGCAGGGGGAGCCAGACGCUCCCGCAGCCGCAGUGACCCCCCACCUCGUGACAGACGACGCUAGAGGGAAUUGGUGUGGCUGGAACUGUCUUAAAAUAACCCCCUCCAUUCCCCAUCACUACAUUUACUUUGUUACAAUAUAAGACCCUACAGUAGACCAACAGAUGUAGUCACUAUCUGUCACUUUUUUAAAGCACACACCGACACAGAUAGGGACCAUGGUUUAGCAAUGUUUUCCCCCAGGCUGCUAUCUGUCUUGCUCCAUCAUGAAAGUUUAGAUUUUAUUUCAUUUUGCCUGACUCUUUUUUUGCUUUAUUAUAUUCUUGUGAGAUUGACAGUAAGUCAACCAACCCCCCCAUACGUAAUUGCUUUACGUAGAGUUCUAUGCAUACACACACUGGUUUUUGGCCUUCACCAGUUGUAUGUGUGUGUUCCACGACUGGUUUCUGUGGGGUGCUUCAUCAUUGCUGCAUGUUGUCCCAGUCCACUGUGCUCAGCCUUGUGUCCUAGGGAGGACUGACGUGGUUGUGCAGUGUUCUGCCCCCUCUGUCUUUGUUUAGUUUGAGGGAUGAGACUAUUAUCUGCAAGAUCGUAGAAAUGACAAGCUCCUCUGAUCUGUGUUUUCAUCUUCUAAAUGCUUCUUUCUGCUCAUCCAAUAGUUCUCCCUGAACGGUCAACGCAAGCUGGAGAAGGGGUGCAUUUUAAAACUCCACACAAAUGGUUUUUAAUAGUUUUUAAAUCAUUAUUAAAGCUUUUCUUUUUUUGUUUACUCCUGUGAAUGUACAAAUAAAAUAAGUUUGAGAAAG